AUGUUGAAAAGACCUCGCUCGAGUAUGGUAUUGAGAAGACAUCGCUCGAGGGUGGUGGAAUUGUUACCUCACGAUGUGGUUGAGCUGAUACUCGAGAGACUUCCGGUGAAGUCUCUGCUGAGAUUCAGGUCUGUAUCCGAGAAUUGGAAAUCGACAAUUGAUUCCCGGCAUUUCAAAGAAAGACAAUUCUGUCAUAGGGAAUCACGAGGUCCAGAUGUCCUUUGCGUGAAGCUCACUGAUUAUGGUGAUGAAUCCGAUGAUGGUCCGGACACAGAUGCUCCAAGUGUUGAGUUGGGGUCAUCAAUAGUUUCUACGGUCAGGUUCCCUACUACGGCCAGCAACUAUUGCCAUGGUAGUUGUGACGGUCUAGUCUGCCUCUACUCACUCUACGAAGAGAGUGGCAAUGUCGUGUCGAAUCCCGCCACUAGGUUUCAUCGAAGUUUUCCUCUUUCAAGCUUUCAACACCUCCUCAUCGACAAGUUGAAGAAGGGAGAGCUUGGCUACGGAAUUGCCCAGCUUGGAUUCGUCAAAGACAAAGUCAGGGGCACGUUCAAGCCGGUUUGGUUGUAUAAUUCAUCCCCAUUUGGCCUAGACAACGCUACUACUUGUGAAGUCUUUGAUUUUAGCACCAAUGCUUGGAGGUAUGUUGUCCCUGCUUCUCCUUAUCGUAUUCUUGCUCAUGAGAGGCCUGUGUAUUUAGAUGGUUCACUUUAUUGGUUCACCGAGUGUGAAGAAACCAAGUUAUUAUCUUUCGAUCUUCACACCGAAACUUUUCAAGUCGUUUGUAAAGCUCCUUUUGCCCAUGUACGUUGCCCUUACAGCGUCACCAUGUGCAUACUCGAUAACCGUUUGUGCGUGUCCCGGAAAAAUGGGCUCACGCAAGUGAUAUGGUCGUUGGAUUCUUCAGGCGGUAGCAAGACAUGGAAGAAGAUGUGUUCCAUUGCUCUCACCAAAACUUUUUCUUGGUUCGAGGGAGACACACUCCUACCAAUAGCAAUUUUGGACAAGACCAAGUUAUUACUUCAUUGUCAUGGAUACUCGCAACCACUGGUGAUACAUGAUCUUCAUGUUAAAUCUUAUGAUUUACUCUUCAAACCUACCAAACUCGUAGGUCCUGUUUGUUAUUUCGAAAGUUUAUUCUCUGUUUUAUCAAACUAA